CCCCGGAUAUUCCCCGCAAAUCAUACGGCCCGGCCUUCAAAAUCUCUCAUCUGUUAUUAGGGCUCAUUUGUUAGAGCCUGGCGGAACCAGAAAAGGAUUCCUUCCUGCUUGCUCUCCUAUAUUACCCCAUCCUCGUCCGUUCCUCCCUUCCUCGUCCUCGCACUGAACGAGCCACAGCCUCCCUCUGUUUCCUCGUCCUCUCCCUCUCUGCUUCCGUUUCCACGCUCGCCUCGCCACGCCACAAGAGACAGGCAUGGGGGCUCGCCGGCGCCUGGCGCUCCUGGCGCUCGCCGUGGCCCUCGCCGCGGCGGCGGCCACCACGGGCCACGCCGGCGUGACCAGCGCGUACCGGCGCAAGCUGGAGGCCACCGCCGACAUGCCGUUCGACGCCGACGUCUUCCGCGUGCCGCCGGGCUACAAUGCCCCCCAGCAGGUGCACAUCACGCUGGGCGACCAGACGGGCACGGCGAUGACGGUGUCGUGGGUGACGGCGAGCGAGCUGGGCAACGGCACGGUGAGGUACGGCCCGUCGCCGGACAAGAUGGAGAUGUCGGCGCAAGGCACGCACACGCGCUACGACUACUUCAACUACACCUCCGGCUUCAUCCACCACUGCGUCCUCAGGAACCUCAAGCAUGGCGUGAAGUACUACUACGCGAUGGGGUUCGGCCACACGGUGCGGACCUUCUCCUUCACCGCCCCUCCCAAGCCCGGCCCCGACGUGCCCUUCAAGUUCGGACUCAUCGGUGACCUGGGGCAGACGUUCGACUCCAACAGCACGCUGUCGCACUACGAGGCCAACGGCGGCGACGCGGUGCUCUUCGUGGGCGACCUCUCGUACGCGGACGCGUACCCGCUGCACGACAACCGGCGCUGGGACAGCUGGGCGCGCUUCGUGGAGCGCAGCGUGGCGUACCAGCCCUGGAUCUGGACCGCCGGCAACCACGAGCUGGACUACGCGCCGGAGAUCGGCGAGACGGUGCCCUUCAAGCCCUUCACCCACCGCUACCGCACGCCGUACCGCGCCGCCGCCAGCACGGAGCCCCUCUGGUACUCGGUCAAGAUCGCCUCCGCCCACAUCAUCGUGCUCUCCUCCUACUCCUCCUACGGCAAGUACACGCCGCAGUGGACGUGGCUGUCCGACGAGCUGGCCCGCGUCGACCGCAAGGCCACGCCGUGGCUCAUCCUGCUCAUGCACUCGCCAUGGUACAACAGCAACAACUACCACUACAUGGAGGGGGAGACGAUGCGGGUGCAGUUCGAGAGCUGGCUCGUCGCCGCCAAGGUCGACCUCGUCCUCGCCGGCCACGUCCACUCCUACGAGCGCAGCCGCCGCUUCUCCAACGUCGCCUACAACAUCGUCAACGGCAAGGCCACGCCCGUGCGCGACAUGGACGCGCCCGUCUACGUCACCAUCGGCGACGGCGGCAACAUCGAGGGCAUCGCCAACAACUUCACGGAGCCGCAGCCGUCCUACUCGGCGUUCAGGGAGGCGAGCUUCGGGCACGCCACGCUGGAGAUCAAGAACCGGACGCACGCCUACUACGCGUGGCACCGGAACCACGACGGCGCCAAGGCCACAGCCGACUCCGUCUGGCUCACCAACAGACACCACCUCCCCACCGACGACUCCAAGUGAUCGGACGGAUCGUCUCAUCUCCGAAGCAAUGUCGUGGGAGGGGACCCGUUUUACUGCCCCUUUACUUGAGCAAUGUUGAUCGUUGUGGCUGCGAUGGGGGUUUGUUGCUUAGUUUUGGGACAGAAAAGAAGAGAUCUUGGGCAGCUGCAAAAUGGUUGCUACGGGACACAUGACUGCCUUUUUCAUCUCAUGUUUUGGAUGUCGUCGUCACAAAUGUCUUGAGCUCGAGCUGUAGUUAGUGCAAUUAGUCAUGUAACCUUAAGGGUAAAGCUCCUGCGCGUAGUCUCGUUUGAAAUAAAAUAACACAAGAGAUUUGGGAGGUACUUCUCAAGCACCUGCUCUGCAUUCAACUAUA